AUGAUGAGUUCUCCCGCGGAGCCUCACUCAUGCGAACUGUGCGAAUCAAGACUUAUUCUCACCUUUGGCAACUACUAUUCCGAUCAGGGCUGGUACGAGCUCAUAGACGAAAACUAUUUCGCUACGGGAGAAGCAUAUGUCUUUAAUAUCGCGUAUGACGAGGCGGUUUUGCUGGCAGACCAAGGAUGCGAAUUGUUCGAAUGGCUUGUUACGUUGCGACGAGACGAUACACACUCUGAGAGCUAUCUGAGGGCGUAUUUCGCGCAUAACUCGAGGGAGCAGAUGGUGCUGGACUGGGUGGAUGAGUUGGGCGAUCACAUUGAUGGGGGGACGCUGGAGCGGAAACUGAUUGUUUGUGCGGAAAAGAGUGAAUUGGCGGCAGAAGAGGUUGCAUAUAGGCCUCCUAAUCUAUUCCCGGCGUCCAAAGAGACUGUGGAAACAAUCAAGAGCUGGCUGCAGGAAUGCUUUACAACACAUGCUGAAUGCCAGCAGCUUCAGAAUAGUAACCGGCCUUCUGACGCAUCAUCACCGGGUCCUCGGCGCCUCUUACACCUCUCCGGAAAAGCUGCGCAUCCCCGAGUAAGACUUCGAGAAAACUCAUCCACUAGCAAUUUCGUCGAAUAUGCCGCAUUGAGCUACUGCUGGGGAGGAGAUCAACCGGUGAAACUCAAGGAGAGUAUUGUCAAGUCAUGGAUGACAGACAUCCCGUACGACCAGUUUCCUCAGACAAUUAAAGAUGCCAUUCAGGUAGCAAUGGCUCUGGACCUAGAGUAUCUCUGGGUUGACGCUUUGUGCAUCAUACAAGAUUCGAAUCCGGACAAGGCGGAGCAAAUAUCACGCAUGGCUGAGAUUUACGAGCAGGCAUAUAUAACGAUUUCAGCGGCCAGCGCGACUGCUGUGCCUGAAGGCUUCCUCCACGAUCGAUACAUGGCUGGAGAAAAGGGAUUCCGCAUGCCUUUUACUUGCCAAGAUGGCCGGAUGAGCGCCGUGAUACUCUGGCAGGGAAGAGAGCCGGACGCAUGGGAGCCCAUCGACCAACGAUCUUGGUGUCUUCAAGAGUCCAUAUUGUCGCCGCGCGUACUUGAAUAUGGAACGCACAACAUUCGCUGGCACUGCGCUCAGAGUCGUGCAGAUGAGUCGAAACUACGACAUGAUGGUUGGAUCGGGCACUCGAAGACAUUUGCGCAGUUACACAUGUCUCACCCACUCACGUCGAGCAUCGAUUGGACGGGCUUGGGGGAAUCUUACAAGUUUGUCGAGGUAUGGCAGACGCUCGUGAGCCAUUACACGCGCCGCGGCCUGGGCUGGUAUCAGGACAAAUUACUAGCCAUCUCUGCCAUCGCCCGAAAGAUGAGCAAAAUGACGGACAAGCACUACGCGGCAGGGCUGUGGACGGAGUUUCUGGGGGAGAUGCUUCUGUGGCAUCCGAAUCACGGGCCGGACGCAAAGGAAAAGCCUAGCAGACACGCUACAUACGUUGCGCCGUCGUGGUCGUGGGCGUCUUUCAGCGGGGAGAUUGAUUUUACGUUUGGAUCGACGAUGCAUCUGCUGGAGAUUGUACGAUGCGAAGUCAAGACUCAGAUUCCGAAUGAUGAGUUUAGUGCGGUGACGAGUGCAAGACUGGAGAUUAAGACGUUGAUGUUUGGUGCGAGGCUGCGCAAGGGAGAUUACGGGUGGUUUCUGUGGGAUGAGGAGAUGAAGGAUGAGAUUGAUGGAUCGUUGAUGUUUGACGUGGCGGAAGCUGCCGUCGAUGGCGAGGUUGUGGAGGAUGAGCAAGUGUUAUUGGCGUUGAUCAUGACUCAAGAUGCGUUGAUGCUGAAGAAGAAGAAGAAUGGCGUGGAUGAGUAUGUGAGGAUCGGGAUAUUCCGAGAGGGACAGCGGAUGACUAACCGGGCGAGAUGGGAGAUGGGGGGAGUUGUCAUGGUUUUAUCAAUCACCACCAUUGGCAGUAACAACAACUCCAAGUCUUCCAAGGCUAUGGAAAUAGCGCCAGAAGCACGUGAAAUGGUGUGCGAGGCCGAGAAUCCGCCGCCCCACGCCGAUGGCCCGGAACCGCAGCAAUUUGAACAAGUCCCAUUACAAAGCGCGCCGCUUCCCUUUUUAAAAAACGAUGAAAUACCCCGGAUUUCCUUGUUCACUGAGAACGUGAGUGUCCUGGAGAAGAAACACAAGAUGAGGGCGCAUCAGGCUCUCCGAUUGGCUGGGCGACGACUACAGCGGCCGCUUCUGUCACCACGCAGACGAGCAUCAACAAUUCUGCUCUCGUCUUCAUUCUCAUCAUCGUCGUCGUCUUCAUCAGCCUCAGCAACGGAAACACAAACUCCCCGUCCAGCCCCCUCAAAUCCUGCCCUCAACUUCCCCUGCCUCGACGCAAUCGAGUCCCGCUCCGCACGGCUCAGCGCCGAUUCCAGCUCCGCUUCCCGGGCCGGCCUCUCCUCCUCCUCUUCGUCAUCAACUUCAUCAUCCGCCGGCCCCGAGCCCUCGUACACCUCCGGCGACACCCUCAACUACCACUGCCGCGACCCCCUGCUGCUCGACUGGGGCGGCGUCCUGCCCUCCUUCAACAUCGCCUACGAGUCGUGGGGCCGCCUCAACGCCGACAAGUCCAACGCCAUCCUCCUGCACACCGGCCUUUCGGCCUCUUCGCACGCCCGCUCGACGGAUGCCAACCCUGCCCCCGGCUGGUGGGAGAAGUUCAUCGGCCCCGGAGCCCCCCUGGACACGGACCGCUUCCACGUCGUCUGCACCAACGUCAUCGGCGGCUGCUAUGGCUCGACCGGCCCCGGCAGCGUCGAUCCGGGCAACGGCGAGAACUACGCGACCCGGUUCCCCAUCCUGACCAUGCAAGACAUGGUGCGCGCCCAGUUCCGCCUGCUGGACCACCUCGGCAUCGGCCGUCUCUACGCCAGCGUCGGCUCCAGCAUGGGCGGCAUGCAGUCCCUCGCCGCCGCGACGCUGUUCCCCGACCGCGUGUCCCGCGUCGCCACCAUCAGCGGCUGUGCUCGAAGCCAUCCGUACAGCAUCGCCAUGCGCCACACGCAGCGCCAGGUGCUCAUGAUGGACCCCAACUGGAACCGCGGCUUCUACUACGGCCGCGUGCCUCCCCACGCCGGCAUGAAGCUGGCCCGCGAGAUCGCCACCGUCACGUACCGCUCCGGCCCCGAGUGGGAGCAGCGCUUCGGCCGCCGCCGCGCCGACCCCGGCAAACCCCCCGCCCUGUGCCCCGACUUCCUCAUCGAGACGUAUCUCGACCACGCCGGCGAGAAGUGGUGCCUGACGUACGACCCCAACAGCCUGCUCUACGUCAGCAAGGCCAUGGACCUCUUCGACCUCGGCUACGAGAACCAGGUAGCCACCCAAGCCCGCCGAAGAGCUCGAGAGGACGCCCUCGCCACCGCCCCUUAUUCCCCCUCCGAAUCCGCCUGCAGCCUGACGCUCCCCAACGAGCCGUACCAAGAGCAGCCCGGUUCCUCGUCUGCCUCCAGCGAUGCCUCCGAGCUCGCAUCACCGGCAAACCCCGCAUCCUCUCGCCCCCCGGCCGACCUGAUCCGCGGCCUAUCUCCCCUCCGCGACAUCCCCACGCUCGUCAUGGGCGUUGCCAGCGACAUCCUCUUCCCAGCAUGGCAGCAGCGCGAGAUUGCCGAGUCUCUCCGCCUAGGCGGAAACCGAAACGUCACCCACGUGGAAUUGAGUGAGGAGACGAGCUUAUUCGGACACGACACGUUCUUGCUCGACUUGAAGAACGUAGGAGGCAACCUACGACUGUUCCUCGACUGA